UUGCGAGUCGUUUGAAAUCAGAACGAAAUCAGUCUUUUAUUAGUAACAUGCGCCCACGAGACGAUUAUGCGUGUGCGCAUAGGGACUUCGCGCACGUCGGGUGUCAGAGAGACACGGGAAAGUUCCAUAGGCAUCUCGGGCAUAAUCGUAAGAAUAGGCCGCUAAAUUUAACCGUCGGUUUAAGAAUACAACGUAUGAAGACGUAAUUUGAAAGAGAAAUGGACGAAGCGAGUGAGAAAGAUAAAGAAUUGAAGAAAAAGAAUGUUUCUCCCUCGGUUUCUCCCGAGGGUUCUUCUCUAGUUUCCCAAGUUACCAAUGAUGAACGACAAUGUAAUUUCUGGAAUAUACUAGAAAGGGAUAGCGGAGCAUACAUAUCCCCAACUAUUAAAAACAUUAUGCGUUUAAAUAACAUGGACAAUCCUCUUUCAUUUCGGAACAUUACGGAAGAUGUAUUAAAAGAAAUCGAAAUCUUUGCUCAAACUGUGAUGAUAUCUUUUAUCGAACCCAACUCCAAUAUGAGAGACUAUUUCGGAAUAUUUCACAACAUGCCUGAAAAAUUUCGUUUUAUGAUUGGAGACAGACAUCUAAUCUUGGAGCUGGUUAAAAUGGUUAAACAAGCACCGAAGGAUUAUUGGAAGUUACCAUCGACAGACUGCGAAGAAUUUGGAGAACCGUCUUGUAAAAAACGAGCACUUUCUAAACCCGAAGACAAGCACAUUUUAAAAUCCGAGAAAAAAUCUGAACUACAUGAAAAGAAGAAUCCUAAUAUCAGGGAAGAAAUUAAUAAAUUAACAAAGCUUGUUAAAUCUUUCAGUCAAGACAAAAAUCUAAAUAAAAAAUUGAGUAACUUGUUGAAAGGAUACGUACAGAUCGAAGUUUCAAUUAAGGAAAUUUAUGAUGGAGAAACUUACCCUCAAGGAUUUACAUAUGUUGCUGGAAUUACUUGUCCAUCGUGUUUAUUUGUGACCAAUAUCACAAAAUGUGGAACAACAAAAGGUAAAAGUUCCAGAUGGAUAAUUUCCAACUUCAAAAGACACAUUUUCCAACACCAGAAAUCUACUGAACUUACUGAAAAGCGAGACAAGUCCUCAAGUAAUGUUCUUCACUUGCUGCAAGCGUCCGCCAAAUCACCCGCUCUUCAAAAGGAAACAAACUACGAUUCUAACAGCAAUGUAAUUGGAGAUGUAAUUGCUGAAUACACCAUAGUGGAUGAUGAGUUGCUGCUUUCAGAAGGUACCGAUGUCUCCGAGGAUCUCUCCAUCACUUCUAUUAUUUCAAUGCCAGUUGACUCUACAAAUACAAAUAUGUUGAUAGUUUCUCCAAAGGAACCUGAAGCCUCAACUUCAACAUCGCAGUCAACUGUGUCAUCAAAAAAGGAUAAUAUACAAGAUGGAACGGCGACGGGGGAAUGCUAA